CCGACACCUCCGCUCCGAGGAGAGAGGCCAUGGCCGCCGUGUUCCUGCCCGGCAACCUGCAGGACGAGGCCACCUGCUCCGUGUGCCUGGAGUUCUUCAAGGACCCGGUGUCCAUCGAGUGCGGGCACAACUUCUGCCGCGCGUGCAUCGUCAAGAGCUGGAAGGAGCUGGAGAUGGAUUUCCCGUGCCCGCAGUGCAGGGAGGUUUUCCAGCAGCGGAGUUUCCGCCCCAACCGGCAGCUGGCGAACAUGUCCGAGAUCAUCAACCAGUUCGCGCAGCGCGGGGCCAAGGGCGCGGCGGAGGACGGGCUGUGCCCCAAGCACCGCGAGGCGCUCAAGCUCUACUGCAAGGACGACCGCAGGGCCAUCUGCGUGGUGUGCGACAGGUCCCGCGAGCACCGCCCGCACGCCGUGGUGCCCGUGGACGAGGCUUCCGAGGAGUACAAGGAGAAAAUCCAGGAGCGCUUGGAUUUCCUGAGGAAGGAGCGGCAGGAGCUGCUGGAGUUCAAAGUGAACGACGAUAAGAAAACCCAGGAGCUGCUGAGAACCAUCGAGAGCGAGCGGCAGAAGCUUCUCUCGGACUUCGAGCGGCUGCGGCAGUUCCUGCACGACCAGGAGCACAUCCUGCUGGGGCAGCUGGAGAAGAUGGAGAAGAGCAUCUCCAGGAGGCAGAACGAGAACAUCACCGACCUCUCCAAGGAGAUCACGCUCCUCAACAAGCUCAUCACCGAGCUGGAGGAGAAAAUCCAGCAGCCCAUGCUCGAGUUCCUCAAGGACGUGACCGCCACCAUCAGCAGGAGCGAUGAUGUGAAGUGCCCCAAGCCCGUCCCCGUCUGCACCGACAUGAAGACGCACGUCUGCAACUUCUCCCUCAAAACCGUCGUCCUCGAGAAGGUCCUGAAGAAAUUCCGAGAGCACCUGCAGGACGAGCUGGGACGAGGCGAAAAAGAGGAGCUGACCCUGGACCCCGACUCCGCCAACCACCUGCUGAUCCUCUCGGCCGACCUCAAGAGCGUGCGCAUGGGCUGCCGGCGGCAGGAGCUGCCCGACCACCCCAAGCGCUUCGACACCAACUCGCGGGUGCUGGCCAGCACGGGCUUCGCCUCGGGGCGCCACUACUGGGAGGUGGAGGUGGGCGCGUCGGACGGCUGGGCCUUCGGCGUGGCGCGCGAGUCGGUGCGCAGGAAGGGGCUGACGCAGUUCUCGCCCGACGAGGGCAUCUGGGCCCUGCAGCAGAACGGGGGCCGCUACUGGGCCGUCACCUCGCCCCAGCGCACGCCGGUCUGCCCGGGCCGCCGGCUCAGCCGCGUCCGCGUCUGCCUGGACUACGAGGGCCAGGAGGUGUCCUUCUACGAUGCCGAGAACAUGCAGCACAUCUUCACCUUCAACGUGGCCUUCCAGGAGAAGGUGUUCCCGCUCUUCUCCGUCUGCUCCACCGUCACCUACAUCAAGCUGUGCCCCUGAGGCGGCGCCGGGGCGGGGCGGGAGCCAAAAAAGAGUCAAGGACUCGGGGGGAGAGCAGCGCAGGAGGGUCCUCGGGGCAGCGGGAGGCAGAGGGAUGUCCAAAAAGAGGGAGGAAUUGUGGUCGGCAGCUGAAAGGAGGGUUGUGGCCACCAACUUGAAGGCGGUGGCCACCAGUUCAAAGGUUGUGGCCUCCAGCUCAAAGAUCGUGGCCACCAACUCAGAGAUUGUGGCCACCAGCUCUAAGAUUCAACUCAAAGAUUGUGGCCACCAAUUCUAAGAUCGUGGUCACCAGCUCAAAGGCUGUGGCCACCAACCUGAACCCAGCCCCAGAAGGGGUGACGAGCUCAGCCAGGCAGAGAGGAGGAGCCCCCCGGACAUUGUGGCACCCAGACCCCGAUGGGGUUUGGGAAUCUGGGGAAACUCUGGAGCGGGUCCCCUUUGGAAAUGGAAUGUUUGUGGGGGCGAAUGAAUGACCUGGGGAAAGGGGGGAUUGGGCAGAGAUCCUCGGAAAUCCGUCCAAAGCAAAACUGUCUGUGCACAGAGAAGAAUUCCAGUCAGAGACUCCCGGGUUCCUUCUCCCACCCGUGGCGAUCGCUGCCCCCCAGAAGCGUUUUUGGGAGGUCCUGAGAGCCGUCCCCAGCUCUGACCUGGCCGGUGUGGAGAGGCUCUGGGGUUUUGGCUGCUCUCCCUCUCUGGCUCCGCACCCACGGCUCCUCUGGGAAAGGUUAAAAGGUGCUUUCUUGGGUUUUUUUUUCCAGUGGUGUUUGUCCUGAGCAAGACCCACGUUAGUCCGUGCUGAGGCCUCUCCGUGGACACGACCUUCCCAAAAUUUCCCUCGUGGUUCUCACGUGGGUUUAGGUGCUGAAUCUCGUGUUCCCUCAGGUUCUCAGCAAAUUCAUCCCUUUAUGCUCAUUUCUUCUUUUUUUUAUUUUUUUUCCCCGCUGGAAAUCCUCAGUCUCUGCCAAGGAGCUGGGGCAGAACUCGCAUUUGCUUUGUGCAUUCUGGUUUUGCCAAAAAAACCAAAACAAAACAAAACAAAAAAAGCAGCUUUAAAAAAUACUUAGUGUCUUACUGCCUGAAGUGCUGGUAAAGGGAGGUUCUGGGGUUGGACAGCUGUAUAUAUAUAUAUGU